UAAGCUCGUUGGUUUUUUGUUUUUGUCAAACGUCUGCCCAACUGGGGAAACUGUGACCCCCAAAAACCAACCAUGUUAUCAUCAAUUUGCCUAUCCUUAUCUCUGCCUUCGAAAACCCUAGCGUUGCCUUCCACUUCCACGAGCCGCGGUUGCAGAUGCUCCCUCGUCGUCUCCGUUUCUAGCGGCCAUCAACGGACGAGGAGAAAGAGGCAGCAAGUGGUUUGUAUGGCUCCCGAGGAAGAGAAAUUGACUCGCCGCAAUCCCCUCGAUUUCCCCGUUGAGUGGGAGAGGCCUGGACCAGGGCGUAGACCGGACAUUUUUCCUCAAUUUAGCCCUAUGAAAACACCAUUACCACCACCCAUGCCAUAUGAUCCUCCUGGUGAAGAUGAAGAAGAGGAAGAGGAAGAGGAAGAGAAAGAGGAAAAGGAGGAAGAUACUGAAAAGGAAGAAGAGCAGGAGAAUCCUGAAUAAGAGUACUGAGAUUUAUUCAGGCUAAUACGGGAAGAUCUGGGAUUGUGCAAGCGUCUUCUUGGGACUUAUUCAGGUUAAUAUGGUGAAAGUUAGGCCUAAGUUCCUGUUUUUGUAGUGUCAUAAUUCACAAGUUUUUCUGAGAUGAAAUAUACUAAGUUUCUUUUGAAUAAUGUUCUUAGCUGUUGUUUUCUUGUUUAUAUGUUUUGAUGACUAGAAAUUUAUUGAGAACGUGAAAUUCAAUGAUUUCAAAUUCUGAAGUUUGAGAUUUUGAGUGCAAUGUAAGGGCUAGCACUUCAUGCACGAAAAUGAAAAGAGAAAAGGGGUUUUUACUGGUGGUUAUCUUGAUGAGAUAUUGGAAGUGUAAGAAAUAAGAAUCGGUGGAUUUGAAUUCUCAUUCUAAAGCUGUUUCACAUGCAUCUAUGAUGGAAUGAUUUUGCCAUUAAGCAUUCACUAACCCUCAUCUUAUGAUUUUAAGAAUUAUGUCUUGUUAGAUUUGCAUGAGGAAUAAACACAGAUGAUCUUACAUCAAGCCCAAGCCCCAGAACGGAGUUUGCUUGAUAAGAGUAUUUAUCAGACUUAUGAGGCUCCAUCUGGAGUUACAUAACUAAAAACCAUUUUUGUAUUCAGCUUUAUUAUCUGUCAAAGGCAUCUUGGAUGGAGAAGUUUCUACUUUCCUGAACAAAGAAUCACAUUGAAGAAAUACAACAUGAUUUGAUUUUAAUGUUAGACAUGUACUAUGUAAAUAGCUAAGCAGAUGAUUAUCUAG